UUGGAUGAUCGGUCAAAGAUUCUGACAACCAGCGGGGAGAAGCGCGACGCCCAGCCGGGGUGGGAGCGCAGGAGGCCGGACAGAUCUACUGGGCUGCAUCGGAGAGACGCACCAUUAGACAAGGGAGAGCCAUGCCUCACAGCGCGGGUCGAUCAGCGCAUGAAUAGGCAAUCUAAGGACGCAGCUGAUAUCCUGCAGUGUGGCAUAGCUUACCCAUAUGGCUCCUGGACAUCGUUUGCGGGAAUCUCACCGGCAACCUUUGACCUGGCCGGCCUCGGCGGCAUCAGCACGUACCUGCCCACCUGCGCGCGUGGGCUCAGCGGGCAGCGUAACCUGCUGUGUGAGCGCCAUCUACAGAGUGGAGCUGCGCAUAGGCGGCCAGGGAUGGUGCUGGCCUUCUGA